AUGUCCUUCUUCGGAUUUGACACUGCCCUCCCAAGGGACAAACCUAACAAUGACAACAACAAGGGCAUCUUCGAGCACACCAAUCCGUUCAACGAAGUCGCCAAAGCUCGCAAGUUACAAGCCUUUCAGAAUGACCAGGAAGAUGUAAUCGACUUCGACGACACCUACGAUGGCCUCGGCGAUCAACUUGAGGAAGCUGGUGAUGAUUUCAACGAGGACACCUUUGGCGGUGGCGCGGAGGGCGUGUCUAACCAGGGCGUUGGGAAAGACUUUGACUUCUUUGGAAAUACCGCCCAGGUCUCUAAUGCAAUCGAAGAGGAGGCUAUGCGAUUCAAUCUAAGGCAUCCAUCUCGCGAGACCACGUCCACACAACCCCCAAAACCUAAAAAGACCGGAUAUGAGAAAUACCAGGAUCCUGGUUAUAUUCCUGAAAUCCAGGCCAAGUCAGGAGCUUGGAAAAAGGCACAGACAAGCACCCCACCGAACCAAGCCCAAGCCGAGGAACCCCGGGUCAGCACAGCAAGGUUCAAUGCUCCGGCUCCUGCGAUAUCCCAUACCCCAGAAGCAUCCCAAGCACCAAGGAUAAUGACUUUGGAAGAAGUCGAGGCCGCGCUUCUCGCUCAAGCUCAAGCUCAGGCAGCUCAGGCAGCCCAAGCCGCGCAAGCACCACCCCCGGGAUUCCCGCAGCCUCAACAACCGUAUCCGUUUCCCAUGCAGCAAAUGCAACCGCCUCCUCAGCAGUACCAACAGAUGCCGCCUCCAAUGCCAACGGGUCAGCAACAGCCACCACAACAACGCAUUCCCAGUCCUCAACGCCAUAACCGUAUGCCAUCCCAACCUGCGCAAGCCCCGCAACCUCGCCCGCCUCAGCAACCUCAACAGCCCCAACAGCCCCAACAGCCUCUUCACAUACUGCAAAAUCCCAGUAGACCUCGUCAUUCGCCACAGCCCAGUGUCGACAGAGCUCAGGGAGCGUCUCAGUAUGGACCUCCUCAAACAGGUCCUUUGCCAAUCAUAACCCAUCCUCAACAGUUGAUGGAAUUGUCCGAGGAACAGCGACGUGCUUAUCUGGAAGAAGAUGCGAAGAGGGCCAAGCGCAAUCACAAGAUCUUUUUGUUAUCCAAAGGCAAUGGUUUGAUGACUCCCCAGGAUAAGAACUUCAUCACGCGCAUCCAACUGCAGCAACUGGUGACCGCGACUGGGGCCUCCGCCGACGGUAAUUCCGAAGCUGCUUUGGGCGAGGAUUUUUACUAUCAGGUCUAUAGCCAAAUCCGAGGCGCCCCAAGACAACAUCCCACACAACCACUAGGACACUUCGCCCAGACGUACCUAUAUCAGACGGGGAGCCGGGGCGGGGGAAGAAGGCAACAUGUCAAUGGCGACAACCAUAUGCAAAGAAUGCAGCAGCAGGUCCAGCGUGCGGUUGAAGCGGCGAAGCUCAAGCCCAAGAACAAGCAACUCAUCAUCGAGGGCAGUUUGGGCAAGAUUUCCUUCAGCAACGCCAAGACUCCAAAGCCUCUUCUUAACAUCAAACGGCAGGAGAGCCACGACGCUCGUCCAUCGACUGGCAAGAAGGAGGUUAGUUCAAGUGAUCGCAAGACGAUUCUGAGGAAUAUUGAGGCGGUUUACACGACUCUUAUGCGUCUCGAGGAUCAUGAGAGACAAAUGCCUCCACCUCCAACCGAGGGCGACGCCGACUCCAUUCAAGCACACCUGGACUGGCGGCAGAAGAUGCAGGAGCUGAAUUCAAAGUUAUGGCAAGAGUUGAAGGUGCUAGACCCCAUAGUUCCGGGAUCGUCCGUGCCUCAUCCUUUCAUUGCCUUUUUGUCGUUUGCCAAGGGCAAAAAGGCGAUGCCUCGCAUCUUCCGUCUGAUCGACCAGGAGCAACGGUUGACCAUUCUGACCAUGAUUGUGGUCCAUCUGGAUCAAUUGGACGUGACCAAGGAUGCGCGUCCCGCUCCUGGAGAGUCCCAGCCACCUGCUGCAAUUCGGGAAGAGAUCGAGCUCUUCUCUCAAGCGGUUAUGCCGUGCUUAUUGCAGUACGUCAACGAAGCGCCUAUCAACAUUGUCAUUGGAUUACUUGGGUUAUUGAUCGACCAUACCAACAUUGCCACGGUGGCAAUGACGAAGAUCGGGUUGGGCAUGAUGACCAUGUUGCUGACCAGAGCCGAGCUGUUGAAAGAAUCUGGUGUUGUUUCCGAUCAGGAAUGGCAACAAUGGACAGCACUAUACAACCGUCUUUUCGACAUGCUGGAGCCUCUUUUGGGCUCGCUCUUCCCAGGACCGGUGAAUUCUGGAGAUGACAUGUACAUCUGGCAGUUCCUGGCCACCAUUGGAAUCGGCGCAAGCCCUGACCAACAACAGCGACUCGUUAUUGGAGUCAAGGAUCGAGUCAUGGAAACCGUACAGCAGAGCAAGACACUGCCGCCUGACAUGGCGAGUGUUCGACUGGGCAAUGUCAAUCUGUUUAUGAGAGCCAUUGGCCUGGAUGUGGAGAUGCUGGGAUAG